AUGGACGCCUUCACGUACUUCACCCUCCCCUCGGUCUCCACCCUCCCGGCUGCGAACGCCACCACCCCCUUCUCUGCGACGGAGGAGGACGAGCUGCCCAUCGAGUACGACAAGAAGGGCUCGACGGGCUCAUGGACUCCGUCCCAGAGCCUGCCCACAACGGGUCCCACAGACUAUGCCUAA